AUGGAGCUAAGACCGGAGGUUAAAGCGCAGACAGAGGCUCUGCAUCAGAGAAUUCUGGACAACAGUUUUGUGAUCGUCAGAUGCAAAGAUCUUGUGUGGAGGAGACAAGACUCCGAGAGGUUUUACGCUGAACAUUCAGGGCGAUUCUUCUACCAAAGACUUGUUGAAUUCAUGUCAAGCGGCCCGAUGCGGGCGUACAUUUUAGCCAGAGAGGACGCCAUACGUCACUGGAGAGAACUGAUGGGACCAACCAAAGUGUUCAGAGCCAGAUACACCUCGCCUGCUUCUAUUAGGGGCCAGUUUGGACUCACAGACACACGAAACACAACUCAUGGCUCAGAUUCUGUCCAGUCGGCACAAAGAGAAAUCCAGUUCUUCUUCCCAGACUUCUGCAUGGAGGAGUGGAUGGAGAAGGAGGAGCCUUCGUUCAGAUCGGGACAAAUACAUUACGACCAUCAAAAACAGAUCCACACACUUUCAACGCAAAUUUGACCCCAGAACUGCUGCUACAGUUACCGAUCCCCCGAGGACCGCUUAGAAACUCUGCAAUUGUUCAGCGAUCGCUUUUACAGAAAUGCAAGCUGCCAAAGAUGCUACAUCCUACAUGCUAUUUAUAAUGUAAACUGUGUGAUGAUCCAAUCAAGUGCAUGUUUUAUAUUUGUCCCUGCAGUUCCACAAAGUGCCAAAAUGCUUAUUAUUCCAUGUUUUUGUCCCUUGAACUUGGGUUAACAGCGCAUGAAGUUAUUUAAGAGGACCAUAACUGUUUUUAUUCAGUUUAUUGUCAUUAGAAAACGUGAACAGCUAGAUAAGAAAAAUGUAACACGAUGUUGUACAAAACGACACAAAACGCAGAGAGACAAUGUUUUACAUUGCCAUCACAAACUCCCGUCCAGACUUCACUUUUAGUGCAAUCGUCACAAUCAGUUUCACUUUCCUGAGCCAUACUGAUUUGAACACAGCAGCUACAACUACAUGUGUGUCAGUGUCAAAUAACAAAACUAUAUCUAGUUUGCAAAUAUUUAAUGUUGUGAAAUAAUACCGUAACUUUCUACACAUAUUUAUCCGUAUUUAAAAAUAUGGGUAAGAAGGCUUUUAGAUUCUAGGUCACUUAAAAAUUCAAACCGUGCCAAAUAUUGAUUUCACUGUCUGCUGUGAUAUACUGUGAACUCGUUUUUUUUUUGGUCUGAUACUAUAUGCACUGUAAAAUGUCAUGUUUUGUAUUUAUCUGACCAACCUUU